CAUUGUACGUGUGUGUGGGUAUACAAGUAUACAAGAAUUAAGAACUAAAUCUCUCCGAGCUGUUUAGUAUACCCUGAGCUAGCGGCCGGUUCUGCAUUUGACAAGGUUUUAUUCUGAUCACUAUAUGAAACCUGGAGACUGAAAAAUGCUUGUUCUCAAUUCAUCCUUUAUCUCAAGGUUCUCCAAGCUCGGAGCCGGAUUACAGAUUGUACGGCGGCUAAGUGUUGGAAAGGAUUUGGAUUUGACCGGAAUAUAUCCUCCAAUACCUACACCAUUCAACUCAGACGAAUCUAUAGCAUGGGAUAAACUUAAGGAUAAUAUCAAGAAAUGGAAUGAGUUUCCAUUGAGAGGAUACCUGGUUCAGGGAAGCAAUGGAGAAUUCUGUUAUCUCACAGAGGAAGAGAGGAUUGAGAUGAUUAAAGUGGUUAAGUCCCUAUCUCCAGAUAAAUUGGUUUUGGCGGGGUCAGGAUGCGAGUCAACAGCUGCAACUAUUCGUGUUACCAACAAGAUGGCGGAGGCGGGAGCAGACGCCGCUGUGGUUGUAACACCGUGCUACUACAAGGGAAAGAUGACCAUAGCGGCUUUAGAGGAUCAUUUUACCAGAGUAGCAGACGCGAGCUCACUGCCGGUCAUUCUUUACAGUGUUCCAGCUAAUACAAGCAUAGACAUUCCGGUGGAGCUUGUUAGACGAUUAGCUCGCCAUCCAAACAUAAUUGGGAUAAAGGACAGUGGUGGAGAUGUAUCCAAGAUUGGAAGCAUGGUUCAUGUGACCAAGGGAGAGAACUUUCAGAUCCUGGCAGGUUCUGCUUCAUAUCUUUUAUCUGCUCUUGCAGUUGGAGCUUCAGGAGGAAUAUGUGGUCUUGCAAACGUUUUACCAAAAGAGGUGUGUGAGCUCCAAACCCUUUUUAAUGAAGCAAAAAUGGAAGAUGCAAAAUCUUUGCAGCACCGUUUGAUUGCACCCAACGCAGCUGUUACUAAGGUUCAUGGACCUCCAGGUUUAAAAGCUAGCUUGGAAUGGUUUGGAUUUUACGGAGGACCGUGUAGGAGACCCCUUCAACCCCUGACAGAGUCGGAGACUAAAAAUCUUGAAAAUGCAUUUAAAGAAAAUAAGUAUCUGUGAUGAUAAUCUUGUAUUUCUGAAAGUAACUGGUUAUAGUAUGCUCUUUAAUAAUAAAAAUUAGGAUGCAAAA